GAUGGGCUACCGGGCCUGGUUCUUGUGCAGGUGCUCCUUUCCAUAUAUAUAUAAUGUUAUACGGAGUAGUAUAACAGUAGAAAAGGCAAAGGGGGAAAGUCUGCUUGCUAUCGGCGGCGGAGGCUGUUUAAUCUCAUCGCCGGCGAUCUCCUUCAUUGACAACACGCCCUCUCCCUAUCUCUGUUCCCCUUGCAGGAACAAGCGAUUGGUGGCCAUGGCGUCAAUCUUCACACCAUCGUCGUCCACUCAUCGCGGUCAUGUUCCCAAGAACGGCGAUUACAUCAAAAAUUUCUCAGGUCCAUCAUGGAUUACAAUCGAGGAGUUUGAUGCUAUGUGGGUAGCUGGUGCCGAGCGCCAGUUGAGUCUCAGACCCAGCUCGCCGUCCCCCGAGGAGAAAAUGAAGCGCAAACAAGAACGUUAUCGCAAGGGUUUGAUCAUAGCUCUCAACACUUAUGCCAAGCUAAACAACAUGCAGCUCAAUGAGUUGGAAAUUGUGGAAGAGAAAGGGAGGAACCAAGUCGAUGGGUCUGGGGGACUAUAUGAGCAUUCCAACUUUCUGGUGAAAGAUUUAGAUGGAAAACAUACUUUGUUCUUUGCUGAAACGCAUCCUAAUUGCACACAGGAGGAGGAUGUUGUUCUCUGCGCUCCUUUGGAAGAAAGUAGCUAUGGUCAUUGUUUUGGGUGCGCAAAGGAGCUUAAGCACCCCUCUGGCGGUGGCUACUUGGGUGGACUUGAUGAGGUGAUUCUUCAUUUCGACGAUCUGGAUAGUGAUGAUGACUGUUUUAUGUGAAUGAAUACAUCCACCGACGGAGAGCUACAACCUACAAACUAAUCUCUUAGUCUUGGUAUAUUGAGUUGAAGUUCUUAUUAAUAGCUGCUGCCGGCUAUUCUCAGGCUUGUUUGUUUGGGCUGGCUGCGGGUGGUUAUGCUGCUGUGUGCAGAGAAAGCUGUUUGUACAAGAAAAGUUGCUGUCUAGCUGUACUCUGGCCUAGUAAAAACAAAGACAGAACAUCUUAUGCUUGUACUACUGCAUCCAACCAGUUUUUACUUUAAUUUUUCUUAGGUAGCGGCUACACCAGGUUGACCUUAUUUUAAGAUAUCGCGAGGUCGCUCCGAUAACCCCUAAGAAGUCGUUUGGAAGCCAGGUUUUCAUUUCAUCUGUAGCAUUUUGAAAUGAAUACAUGUAUUCAUUUCAUUUACAUUGUAAUUCCAGAAAUGGACACUUGUUUGGUUGCCACAGGAAUGGUAAAUGACAGUAGAAUUCAA